CCCUCUCUUCUCGAGGCAUUUAACAUCACUUCUCAGCAGGACUCACACUCUUCAAAGAGUUUCGCUGACUUGUGAAACUUUAUUAGGUAGCUAAGCCACUGUUAGAUCCGAAAAACUAAAGUUCUCACGGUUUUACAGAAAGAGACUGAAAUAAGGAAGUGCAGCUGCCUGACAGACCCUGAGUAAGUCACCAUGGUUCAGGCUAAGUCAUGGGUUAUGGUCAAGCAUUUUGAUGGCUUCCCAAAGGACAGCGACUUCCAGCUCAAGGUGGAGGAGCUGCCUGAGCCCAAAGAUGGAGAGGUGCUCUUGGAAGCAGUUUUCCUCAGUGUGGAUCCAUACAUGAGGCCGUUCAGCAGGCUCCACAUGAAGGAAGGGGACGUGAUGAUCGGAACUCAAGUAGCGAAGGUGACGCAGAGUAAAAACCCAGCAUUUCCUGUGGGGAGCCACGUUGUGAGCCACUGUGGUUGGAGGAGCCACUCGGUCAGCGAUGGGGCAGACCUCAUUCCCAUCAUGGCUGACUGGCCUUCAGACGUUUCGCUGUCUCUGGCUCUGGGUACCAUCGGCAUGCCAGGGCUGACGGCUCUGUACGGAAUAGAGGAGGUUCUCGGACUGCAGAAGAACGAGACCCUGCUGGUGAACGCCGCAGCCGGAGCCGUGGGAAACGUGGUGGGGCAGAUCGCCAAGAUCAAGGGCUGCAAGGUGGUGGGUUCAGCCGGGUCAGACGCCAAAGUGGCCUACCUGAGAGAGCUGGGCUUUGACGAGGCUUUCAACUACAAAACUGUCCCUUCCCUGGAGGAGGCGCUGAAGAAGGCUGCGCCUGAAGGAUAUGACUGCCUCUUUGAAAAUGUCGGAGGUUAUUUUUCAACAGUCGCCCUUCCACAAAUGAAGACCUUUGGAAGAAUAGCCGUGUGUGGGAGCAUCUCCACUUACAACGACGGCACACCUCAGACAGGGCCUUACCCGCACUUUACGAUGAUCGUCAAGCAGCUCAAGAUGGAGGGUUUCACGCAAAACAGGUGGCAACACAAAAACCCCGAAAGCCUCAAGAGAAUGAUGGCCUGGCUAAAAGAGGGGAAGCUGAAGUGCAGGGAGCACGUCACAAAAGGCUUUGAAAACAUGCCAGCUGCUUUUAUGGGGCUGCUGCGCGGAGACAACAUCGGCAAGGCUGUUGUUGCAGUGUGACCUCUUGCCAACGGGAGGCGCUGACGAGUUUACGCAUGAAGAAGGCAGUGUCGAUGAAGGGGGUUCACAGUAAAUUGUUAGUGUAGAUUUCUUAGAUAUUUCUGUUAAUGGGGUUAUAAGUGAGCUAGGGACUUUUAGUUUAGUCGAACAUUCUUUGAGGAAUCAUUAAGACAUUAAAUGUGAAACGGUGUACCAACCUGAACACUUGACAACAUGACCUUUGAGGGCUGCUGAUAUGGGUGCAGCCCAGAGAGGCCCCACCCAUUCUUGGGGUUAUGUAACUUCUGCCAAGCCUCACUUCCUUAAUCUUUUUGUACUUUGCCUCCCUUGCAGGUAGCUGUGGUUUCCUAUUGAGGGGUGAGCUGGCUGACUGUCCAGUCUGUGGCUUUUGUUUUCUUCUGCUUGCUUCCUGUUUCUUGGUAUACAUGCAUUUUAUGUCCAACAUGGCUAAAGUUGUAUGAAAAGUAUUCAGGAGUCCUGAAAAUAAUUAGUGGUUCUGGAGAAAAGAAAGAAAAAGCAAAUUCAGUCCUAUGCUAGACCAACAUGAAGUAGUGCUGAUAAUGCAAACCUAAAAUGUAGGGGAUGCAUUUGUAUUCAGUCCUCCUGAUUCAAGACUUUGUGGAACCGUCUUCUCCUGGUUCCACAGCAUUUCUUUGCAAAAUCUCUCAAGCACGGUCAGAGUGGAUGCAGAUGAUCUGCAAACAUUCAUUUUUUAUUCCUGCCACAGUUUUGGAAUAAGUUUGGACUUUAAACUAUUGCAGUGUAAUUCUGGCUGUGCGUCUCGGGCCAUGUCUUACUAGGAAGUAAAUAUUGGUCAUGACCUCUAACCGAUAUCCCAGGCAACGCUAACAUCACUUCAUACUGCUUCAUCUUGGUCCAUCAUAAAAACUCCAUUGAAAAUAAAUUUAGGUUUGUGGUGACUAAAUGUUAGAGUUCAAGAGACAGGAAUACUUUUAGGAAGCUUUAGUGCCUUCAAAGCCUAACUCUACUAUAAAAGUUUACUUUUGUACUUGCAAUAGGUUUCUAAUGUUGGUUAUAUAGACUACAAACCUAGUGAUUUGUUAUAAUGAAACACCAGAAAGUAAAGAUUACUAUUGUAAUACAUACUCACAACUUUGUUGAUCUACUGUUGUUGAUUUAACAUACACAGUGUAUUGUGCUUAUCUUUGGUAUGUACUGCAAGCUUUUUUAUGAAAAAUAAAUGAUUUUCUGACAUUUUUUAGGGGGGAAAACAAAA